CCUACACUGUUGCUUCAGGGGCGGCUGCCUGCUGCGCUGUAGAUGCAGCGCUGUCUGAGCUGUAACCUUGUGGGAUGGCCAAGGAAUGGCGAACUUCGGUAUUCAUCGCUUGCAAAUUAGUGAGAGCGACGACAGCGACCGGAAUAUUCUCGUGAGGGCUGACAGAUGUCUGUCGUACGAAAGCACCGAGCGUAUCGGCGCUGGCACGACUUGGGCCACGGAGUCCCAUGAUGACAUCCCAUUAGAUCUCACCAACUCCGUGGAAACCUGUUGCUCACAGCACACAGAACUAAGUUUCCCAAGCGGUGAAAUACAUGGUGAACGGCUGGCAAAGUGCUGGCAGUCAAAUUACCACGAGGCGGCAAUAUUCCUUGAGGAAGGUGAAAACAAUGACAAGCUGGACUUCCACCCAUGUAGCCGUGAAGCACUGCCAGCCUACCUCGUCGUGCACAAUGUGCUCUUCUACUGCCUUGACCUACUCUCAGCCGCCGUGCUUAUGGCACUGGCCCUUAUGGAGGCCCCCGCUGUGCCAGGUCUCAGUGUCCCUGUGGCCCUUCACGUUUCUGUUGAACUCCUGGCCCUCUCUGUUGUUGCUGUUGAACUGUGCAUGAAACUCCGGUGGAUGGGACUCAAACCGUUCCUUACUCACAAGAGAACUGUCUUCAAACUGUCGAUCCUGCUGUUAAUGCUCAUAGAGGCACUUGUGGUUGCUGCACGACAGGCCACACACUUCCGCAUCCUUCGUGCCCUCAGGCCCAUCUUCCUAAUUGACAAUCACUACUUGGGUGGCGUUCGGAGAUUGACUCGGCAGAUCCUGCAGUCUCUUCCACCAGUGUUUGAUAUGUUGGUCAUAUUGUUUUUCUUCAUGACAGUGUUUGCCAUUUUAGGAUAUCACAUAUUCUCAUUUGUUAACAACGAGCCCUACUUCAGCACACUGUAUGACAGUCUCGUGAAUCUCUUCGUACUGUUGACAACGUCCAACUUCCCUGAUGUGAUGAUACCGUACUAUGCCAACUCCAAAUGGGCUGCACUGUUUUUUGUUGUGUUUCUGCUGGUCCACCUCUACUUUCUGAUGAACUUGGUGUUGGCAGUGGUGUACGAGCGUUUCUCAUCUCUGGAGAAAGACAAGUUUCGCAAGCUACUGCUUCAUCGCAGAAAGGCCUGCCACCAGGCCUUUCGCCUGCUUGUCAAUCGUUCCUCUCCAUCAUGCCUCUACUUCUGCCACUUCGAGGGACUCAUGAAGUACUACAAGCCACGUGCAAAGCGAAGAGACGUCUACUUGAUGUUCAAAACCAUGGACACAGCCCAGAAUGGAUUUCUGAGCCAGGAAGAGUUCCUUCAGGUGUACGAAGCCAGCAAGCUCACAUGGGAGCGAAAGUGGUCAGACUACCCUUGGUUUAAUGAGCUGAAGAGACCAUUUGAGAGAAAACUAUUUGAAGGUGCUUACAAGUUGAUCACUUGGAAAUGGAGCAACGUUAUUAUAUACCUUGUCAUCACAGCAAGCUUUCUCUGGCACAUAGUGGAAAUCACACAGUUGACAGGUGGCCCCACGUCAUUCUUAGGGGAUGGGAGGACUGGACUUUCAGCAUGGCUUCUAGUUGGGCUGCUCAUAUUUUACCUCACCGAGAUGCUUUUGAAGAUAGCAGCAUAUGGUGUGGCCGAUUACUUCCACAAAGGCUGGAACAAGUUUGACUUUCUGGUCAUCGUGGCAGCAGUUGUGUUUGGGUCCAUAGGAGCCUUCCUGGAUGCUAACUUGUUGCGAAUACUCAUCUUUCGUUCACUGCGCCUUCUCAAAUUGUUUCAAUUGAAGAAGAGCUACCAUGAUGUUCUGGGCACAGUGUUCAUCCUGAUGCCUCGAUUUGUCAGCGUUGGAGUUGUCCUUGUUAUUGUCUAUUACUUCUUUGCUGUCAUUGGAAUUGAGGUUUUCUCACAGUAUGUCAUGGAAGACUGCUGCAAGAACACAACGGUUGAACUCUACUUUGCCACGAACACGUCAUCUGGACCGGGCUACUUCUACCUGAUGAACUUUCACAAUCUAGCCAACAGUUAUGUGACCCUGUUUGCCCUGAUGGCUGUCAACAAUUGGUUCAUCAUAAUGGAUGGAUAUGCUGCAGUCACAUCGGAGUUCAGCCGUCUAUUCUUCAUGUCCUUCUAUCUUAUUACUAUGAUCGUCCUGCAAAUCGUUGUGGCUUUUGUGUUAGAGGCGUUUAUAUUCAGGAUACAGUACAAGAUGAAGAUAGGCAAAGAGAGUAAAGAGGACAACCUCGUGAGGGUGGAGACAACAAUGUCACGGGCAGAGCUGCAGUUCUGCACUGUGCCUCCCGAGAUUUCCAGAAACCCACAGCCACUGAGCUACGAUGUGGAUGCCAAUUCUCAAAAACUUGUAUUUCGAGGGGUGCGAUGGAAAACAAAGUUUUCCUUCUGCCUCAAGAUGUAUGCUGAUGAAGCAAAGGAAUGGCUUGACCAUGCGGAGCUGGAGGAAAGGCGCUCCAAUGACUGGCUUGUUCUCAACAUGCAAAGCUCUGAAGCUGACGGUGGAAACCGAUGGAAUGGAAACAAUGCUAAUCGUCGGACGUUUACCUUAUGACUACAAACAGCCUCAGUGUGACAACAUGUACAGCUGUAUAGCACAUCGAUGCAAUUCAUAUUUUGCACAUCAACCAUGCCAUCAUUGCUGCAGGGUAAAAAGUGGCAACAGUGCCUCAGCCAGCUGCAAAAUGUUUGUUUCAGUCGUAAGCUGCAGUUACGCGCAAUCCUUUAUCGACUCAGGUUGAUGUAUGGUGGUUAGCAUAGUCAGAUCAUCAGCUGCAGGCUCAAAAAAAGAAUGAGUAAAAAAGAAAGUCCAACCCCAUCCACUUAGGAUUUGAUUCUAGGUACGCACUAGCUUCUUCAAAUGUGCUACGAGCACAGGAUGGCUGCAUUGACCAUACUCGGUGUGCAGAAGGCAAGAAAAGACAACUAAGACAAGAUGAGAGAGCAAACGUUCAUGCCAUCAGGGCAGCAGUGAUUUCUGUGAAUGCAUUACAAAGUGCACAAGUCCUUGUGGAGGCUUUUAUUUACUUUUAUACAUUUUCCAACCUCCAAUUUUACUUAACUAAAAGGGUGUGGGCAUCUUGUCAAGCACUGUUUAAUAGUUGGCCAUAAGAGCAUUUAGAGUAAACCUUUGACACAACGAAGCGACCUUGUGUACUGUAGUACGACUACGAAAGUGUACACAAAGCUGUCAUCGAUGCACCUGCAUGAAAUGUACAGAGGCUGUGAAGCUUCGACGUUUAUGACGUUUCCCUCAUGGCUCGAAUGCCAGGGUGGAUGCUAACCAACUAUUAUCUGUUAAUUUGUGACGUCUGCCACCAUCCAGUAGGAAUGCACAGUAAACAGGAACCUUGUGCAAGGUCAACACGGCUCAAGUGGCAUGAACAUACAUUUUUGAGAUUUGUGCUUUCUUAGUAUUAUACAUUUUAAAUUCGUAUUUACAUUUAAGUUGAAUGGUUUAAGCAAAUGUCACAAGGUUGACAAGCCAAAGAGAGCUAGGCUGAAAUUGAGCCAGCAAAACAAUAUAUAUAGACGGAUAUCUUUUCAAAGCUGCUCCUACAUAGUGCAUUUUAUGUUCUAUAUGUGCAACUCGCCCUGUGCUUCAGUCAUUGCAACUUUUGUAUGGAGGUCGCAUCUAGAGGCGAAAAUUUUUGUAUCGCAAGACAAGUUCGGUGUCCUUUAUGGCUGCUUUGACCAGUAUCCAUUUUAAUUCUUCACUUGUUUCUCGCAAGAUCCUUUAACACGAACAACCACUACUGUUGGUUGCUUGAAAACUUAAUCCUCGCUGUUGCACCUUUGCUAGCAGGUACAGCCAGUGUUAGGCUAAACACAAAUGGACCUGCUUAAGUGCAAAAGACAGAACCAAAAGAAUGUUUUGUCAGUACUUGUUUAAUACAACAUGGGAGCUGGUAAUAUUGUUUCAAAGCCAACACAGCCAUCAUGAAGUCUGCUUUCCUCGUUACUUGGCAUGUGUGGCAACAUAACCACAGUUCGAUGUGCCUAGGCUGCAAUACAACCCGUUUUCUUUUUUUCUUUGGUGACAAUUUCCACUAAACCCUUCACACAAUUCUGUGAAAGUGCCAGUCAAUUGCAGCGGCUUGUGCACGCCACAGGCUUGGCUUUCCAGUUCCUAUGCUUCUUGGUGUGCACCAUCUGCACUGCUGUUGCUACACUAUAUUUCAUAAAAGACAAUGCUUUGACCAUCAUGCUUUUUAGAAUGAGCUACAAGUUUCAGUUUGCUCUGCUAUUUGUAAAGCAUUUGGCAAAAUACAUCCCUCCAGUCUAGCUAACACAUUUGACUGUGAAAGUAUUUUCAAACCAGUGCAUAGGAAAUGUUACCUGCAAGGCAAAAGGCGUUUGUGAAUCGGGAACUUGAAAUUAUGACACUUUAAUAAAACAUUUUAGGUGGCAAUGUUUGGGAUAACUGUGCCUUUAAAGGUUUCCCACAUGAGCGAACAAAUACUUUGUGCUUAGGCGGAACAGAAAACUGAUGUGUACGUAUAUAUGAAGGCAACAAUUGAAGUCACAAAGCGGGACAGGAGAGUGUGUGGAGGUAGAGGAGUAGAAGGAACAAAGUCCAAGAGUCUCAAAUGAAUGCAGCGUACAGUUAAUUGCUUGCUAGUUCAGAUUCGGCACCUAGUAUCACUUUGUCAUCAUGCAUAACAAUGCGAGAAAUUGGCACUGUGAGAACAAUAAGCUGCAUCUGAACCGUAUUACACAAGUAUUACAUUUACUUCUGAGCCAGUGUAAGAAUGUUGUCCUCACUAUGCCUUCGAACUCUGAUCGUAUGACAAUCUGGCAUAUGUUUGUGCAGACAGGCUGCGUGGUGUCUGUGCUUUUGCGAUUUAUUCAACCUGACACAAUGCUAAACACACUACAGGUUUGGGGCAGUUUUGCCAGCACUGAACUGUGCUCUUAUCUCGGUGAAGGCCAGGAAUGGGGCAACACACAGGAGUCGCCAAGACCCCACUCGUGGGACAUGCUGACCCGUAUUCACAAAUCUUUGUUUGCAUAAAUGCCAUUCACAGCUUACGACUGCCAUGGGGGAUCGUCCUGUUACCGCACCAAAUACCGAGUGGUGCACGUAAGCAAUGCUGUCCACUGAGGAAUUUCUUAUGUAGCUGUGAAUUUUGGCACUGGUCAUGUUAAUGUGCCACAAUGAUGAUAAAUUCAAGUUACGCAUAGCCUCAUGUAUCACUGUUACCAGCAGUUUGUGAAGACUUUCGGACAAAUGCUACCAACUACCCAUGGAAAGUGGCUUUUAAAUACCACACGCGAGAGCAUGCUGAAAAAUUUCUAAAAUACAUUUGUUCCUGCUACAGCCCAGUAUGGUUUACUAGUGAAUAAUUCCCGAGUGGAACCACAUUGCCAUUAUUCUUCCUGCCUAGUGAUACCCGAUUAUUUUAAACAGCCAGUGAAGGGAAAUGCAAGAAAGUGCAUAACUGAAUAUGGAAGGUUCUAAAGUCUUCUUGUGGCUAGGGCAAGCUCACCUUUGGAAAUUUACUAAUGUCUUGCACUCUUUCGCGUUUCAGACAUGUAGGGGCUUGCCCCAUCAGUCAAAUGUGAUCAUACAUGGCAGCACCAUAUUCUAUAUGCCAGUACAAUAUUUCACUAGAAACUCUUAGCAGGAUGCAGAUUCUUCACAUUAGGGCCCAUCAAUUUUGGUGGAAUUGGAAAGACAUAUGGAAUUGUAGAUGGGAGUGAUACACACAUACAGCAUGCCAAGAAGAAAAGGUGUGCCCUGCAAUUCUGGCGAUGAUAAAUUGCAGUUUUGCUCUUGGAAAUGUAUGCAGCAAUAAUGCAGAAAGCAACAUGGUGAAAGCUUUGCAGAGUGACAAGUGAGCUAGCAUAUGAUAAGAGUAUGUGUAUGCUAGCGGCUAACUAAUAUUUGUUCAGCAAAUUGCAUUUCUGUGUGCUUUGUGCCGUUUUUAAUGCUGCCAGGUUUCUUAAUGUGAAAGAAAAGCUGAAAUUGUUGGUGAAAAUGCACUAAUAGGCUGUGCUGCAUAAUGCACCUUUUAAAAAUUUCAGUUGCUUUUUUCGUGACUGAUUUGUUCUCGUAAGUUUUUAAGUUUUACUAAUUUGGCAUUUAAAGAAAGAAAUUGAAAUUUUUUUAUAGCAUUAGCAGUCUUCGCCAUGUUGACUUGCACUUUUGUUUUACGAUAGGCUGAAGCGGGGAAACACUAACCACACCGACUUUUUUUUGGGGGGUGGGGUGGGGGAGGCACUGCAAGUUUUGUUGGGUCCCACUAUCAUACCUGCCCAUCAGUGAGCAUUAAAACUCGUAAAAAAUUUGUGGCCAUGAUAAGCAGGGUAUGUAAGCAGGGUACAUACACAUUUUAUUAAUGAUGGUUUGCCUUUAGACUGACCAACACAACUUUUAGUUGGUCAGUCAUUUGUUGUUGCCAAUUUCGCCUGCUUCAGACUUCUAUGAAUAAACUUGCUCAAAGCAAGUACCCUUCUAGUAUAUCGCAACUAGCGCUGACAAAAAAUGGGCAGCACAGAUACUAGUACCACAAUUUUUCUUGUAUGCAUUUUUUUUUGUCAUUUUGCACCAAACCAUCCUUCUGUACCUUGGAAACAUUUCCUCAAACUGAACCUAUUUUUCAUAAAAUGAGCUCAAAUUCAUACAUGUUGCAAAAAAUUUGGGAGCGUUGGUAGGUAUGCACUAUUGAAAUUGUUAAUAACAAUAGUUUUAUCAGAAGCUUUUGCAUGCACUAGUCCUCAAUUUUAACUUUGUAGCAAGAAUUGUGGCAAUAUUGUGAUAUCCGCACAUUACCUGAGUAGUCUCCUUUGUACGUUUUAUCCUGCUGAAUGAGAGCAUUUUUAUCUACGAAAUAAAAUAUUUUUUCGCUA